AGUUCAACAAUGUUCAGCAACAGACCUGUAAUUUUUGCGUCUCUGAUCUUGGCUUUGAUCGGCCAGGCUAAGGCUGGCCAUCCCUUUGACUUUUUUGAAGAAACCCUUGACGAUUUCGAAGAUUGUCUGAAAAUUAAUAAUAUUUCUAUUGAGGGAUACGAAAAGUUUGAGGAGUUCGAUAAUUUGGAGAAUGUUCUCAGUGAAACUGUCGACUUGAAGUACAAGUGCAACAUUAAAUGUCAGUUGGAAAGGCAGCCAAAUAAAUGGCUGAAUGAACUGGGAAAAAUUGAUCUGGAAUCGAUGAAUGCCCUUAAAGAAGCAGCGGAGUACAUCACAAAGUGCAUGGACAAUGCACCCGAUGAACCUUGUGCCUACGCAUACAAACUAGUUAUUUGUUCUUUCAAGUCCGGUCACACCGACCUCGCGAUCGAAUAUGAUGACGAUAUAUCAGAGAUAACCACCGAUCUAGCUGCAGAACAACAGGCGGAACUAGGCGAAAGCGAUUUUAUCGAUGUAUAACAAUACUAACAAUCACAAUAAUUAAAAGCUUUUCGCUCGGUGUAUUGACUGUCUGCCUGUUCGUUGGCGUGCUGCUGCAUAAAUGAUUUAUGGCCAACUCUCACGACAGUUUCGUUUCGCUUUCGUUUGCAGAGAGUGCAACAAAGGAGCCGAAGAGACGCAGAUAGCCAAAGUGGAAACUGUCGCAUAAUAAAUAAUUAUAAUUGUAUUUUUCUUUCCGUCUUCCCGUUGGUUUUGCACGGCUCUUUGUCUUUUGGCCGCCACCUCGAAGGUGCCACACACAUUAAUAAACUUUGUAAAUAUUA